AUGGCUUAUGGAUUUGAGCUAGUCUAUGAGCGCUUUAGGAAGCAAGCCCCACAUAGUUUCAAGGGGAAAGUUGACCCUAUGGGGGCAAAGGAUUGGUUGAAAUUGGUAGAAGCCAUCUUUGAUCACAUGGAGUUGAACAAUCAUCAGAGGAUUUCAUGUGCAACCCACCUACUCAAGUUGGAUGCAAGAAUAUGGUGGGAUGUGGUAAAGCACACUCGUGACUUGAAUACUAUGACCUGGGCAGACUUUGUUCAGGAAUUUGGCAAGAAGUACUAUAGUACAACUGUGUUGGAAACUAGGGGGGACGAAUUCGUGACUUUGGUUCAAGGGAACCUUUCUGUUACCGACUAUGAACAAAAGUUUGAUAGGUUGGCUAGGUUUGCACAUGAGAUAGUACCAACCGAAGCCAUGUGGGUCCAAAGGUUUAUGAGAGGAUUUAAGCCAAUGAUUGCUAGAGAUCUCAAGAUGACCAAUGCUAAGGUGGUCAGCUAUGCCAAGAUGUUGGAUAAGGCACUUGAAGCAAAAUACUUGGAGGACCGUAUAUGGAAGGACAGUGCUGCAAGAAGGGAGGCCUAG